UGCUGUUCAGAACCGGAAGUAGCGCAAUCAUAUUCUAUAAACCCGGUUUCUUUCUGUGGUUUAACCAUGAUAACUUUAUACAGGCUCCGAUUUUUGUUAACAUCUUCCGGAUUUAAUCACGCACACAAAUGUAUAUCAGACGGGCAACGUCUUAACAUUGUCUUACGUCCGUGUUUCGCUUCAGAAAGAGCGGUCAGUUCUUACAGUAGAGUUGUGAAGGGUCGGAAUGCAGUUAAAGGACACUUGAAUCUGAGAUCUUUCAGCACUGUUACACUCAACAGACUCUGCUGGAACUGUGGAUCUUCAACUGAAUUAUUUUUCUGUUCCUCCUGUAAUGCGAUACAACCUGCUGAUGACAAGACUAAUUAUUUUGAUAUCCUGAACUGUGAACAAAGAUUUUCUUUGGACACCCAAAAACUUCAGAAAAGAUACUUGGAGCUGCAAAGAUCUCUCCAUCCUGACAACUUCGGCCAGAAAUCAUUGAAAGAGCAGGAAUAUUCAGAAGAACAAUCAGCACUGGUGAACAAAGCCUACAGAACACUGCAGAAACCUCUGAGUCGGGCCGUCUACAUGUUGGAGCUGCAAGGGGUUUUGCUGAAGGAGGGAGCAGACGCCACCGCGGACCCCGCGUUUCUCCUAGAGGUCAUGGAGAUCAACGAGAGCCUCGCAGAGACGCGGAGCCAAGACGAGGUCAAUGCUAUCAGGCGGUUGGUGCGAGAGAAACUGAAAGACUUGACUGAACAGAUGAAUUCAUCCCUAAACAAAGGGGAUCUGCUGACCGCCAAAGGGCUUCUGGCCCAGAUGAAGUACUUCACAAAUAUAGAGGAAAAGGUAAAAGACAAAAUCACAGAGGGUUGCUGAGGAAAAAUUGUAAACAAUUUGCAAUUGUAAUCCAUCUGACACAGCUCAGUGAGAGAUUUCAUGCUUGUACUUGUUUUUAUAGUUAUAUUUAUUGUUAUUAGUGCAAAUAUGUUGGACUAUUGUUGGUAUCUGAAUAAAGUACAUUUAUUUUAA